AUGGGUGAUGUUAGUGAUUCUGGUGCUGUUAUUCAAACAGCAGCAUCAGUAGAUAAGACAGUGACAAAGGUAUUGGAAAUUGAGGAGACAUUUGCAAAUGAUGAUGGCAUGGUGAAGGAAUUAGAAAAGGCAGUUGAGCCUUUUCAAGAACAGCCUAAGGAGGCAAGAAAAGGAAAGAAAACCGUCAAUAAUAGAUUUGGAAGAGCUGUUUCAACAAAACCUCUUGGAGGAAGAGGUGUAGGUUGUGUGAACCAGCUUGGAGGGGUAUUUGUGAAUGGAUGUCCCCUACCUUUCAACAAGAGAAAGGAGAUCAUAGAGCUGGCUUGUCGUGGAGUCCGUGCCUGCCACAUCUCCAGGAUUCUUCAGAUUUCCAAUGGAUGUGUUAGCAAAAUCCUGUGCAGGUACAACCAAACUGGCCAAUAUGGGCCAAACACCAUUGGAGGGAGUAAACCUCGACUUUUGACACCUGAAGUGGCAUCUAAGAUCCUGCAGUUUAAGAAGGAGGAUCCAUCAUUGUUUGCCUGGGAAAUUCGAGAAAAAUUAUUGUCUGAGAAGAUCUGCUGCAGCAAAAAGAUCCCAAGUGUAAGUUGA